CAAUCAUGGAUCUCUAUGGCUCAAGUUCAUGCCUUCUCUAUACUCUUGUCAUGGCAAUCUCCAUUUUCUUGUUCAUGCUGUUUCUGCCCAUUGCAAACUCACUGUCCUUCAACUUCACUACUUUUGAUCCCAAUAUGGCAGAUAUAUCCUUCCAGGGCGAUGCUUUCACGUCCAAUAAUGUUCUUCAACUGACAAAGAAUGAAAAAGUUGACGAUAACGAUAACUUCAGAUAUAGCGUUGGCCGGGCCUCAUAUAAGCAUCCUGUGCGACUUUGGGAUGCCAAGACAAGAAGGCUUACAGACUUCACCACCCACUUCUCCUUCAUCAUGAAAAGGAUUCAUGACAAAUACCAAUCUGGCGAUGGGAUGUCUUUUUUCAUCGCACCAGUUGACUCUCAGAUCCCAGACAAUUCGAGUGGUGGUUUUCUUGCAUUAUUUAAUAAUGAUACUGCCUUAAAUGCCUCCAAAGAAAAUCAAAUCAUUGCGGUUGAGUUUGAUAGUUUUAAAAACGCAUGGGAUCCGGACGAUAAUCAUGUAGGCAUCCUUGUGAAUUCAAUUAUAUCUGUGACAAAUGUAACAUGGAACAGCAGCAUUACGAACGGGUCACAGGCUAAUGCAUGGGUAAGUUAUAACUCCACUACCAGAAAUUUAAGUGUUUUUCUAACUUACGCCCAGAAUCCUGUGUUUAGUGGUAAUUCUAGCCUUUCAUAUAUUGUUGAUUUGAGAGAUUUUUUGCCCGAAUGGGUUAGAGUAGGUUUCUCUGCUUCAACAGGGAUGUCGGUUGAAUUACAUUACAUUAUCUCUUGGGAUUUUGAUUCGAGCUUGGAAAUUAAUCAAAAAGCCAGACACAAAACACGAUUGCUUGUUUGUAUAUCUGUGGGUUUGGGGAUCUUCGCUUGUGCUGUAAUAGGUGUGUUUUGGUUAGUGUUUUGGAGAAAAAGGCAUGGUGGUAGAAACGAAGAUGAGGCUGAUGAUGUUUCUAUGGAUGAUGAAUUUGAACAAGGAACAGGACCUAAGAGGUUCACUUUUGCUGAACUAAGUCGCGCAACAAGCGACUUUGCUGAGAGUGGAAAGCUAGGGGAAGGAGGAUUCGGAGGCGUUUACAAGGGACUGUUGAGCGAAUCCAACACACAAAUAGCUGUUAAGAAGUUCUCAAGGGGAUCGAAACAAGGUAAAAAGGAGUACGUAUCAGAAGUGAAGAUCAUUACUCGAUUGAGACACAGAAAUUUGGUUCAACUUAUUGGUUGGUGCCAUGAAAGAGGUGAGUUCCUUCUUGUCUACGAGUUCCUGCCUAAUGGAAGCCUCGACUCCCAUCUUUUUGGAGGGGAAACUGUGUUAAUUUGGAGUGUGAGGUACAAAAUCGCUUUUGGGUUGGCUUCUGCCCUGUUAUAUCUCCAUGAAGAGUGGGAACAAUGUGUAGUACAUAGAGAUAUCAAGUCCAGCAACGUCAUGUUGGAUUCAAAUUUCAAUGCCAAGCUUGGUGAUUUUGGUCUGGCCAGACUUGUAGACCAUGAGCUGGGUUCGCAGACAACAGUUUUGGCAGGUACGAUGGGCUAUUUAGCUUCAGAAUGUGUCACCACAGGGAAAGCCAGUAAAGAAUCGGAUGUGUAUGGUUUCGGGGUGGUAGCACUCGAAAUCACAAGUGGAAGGAGGCCAGUCGAUACAACGCAAGAACCAAAUAAGGUAAGGCUUGUGAAAUGGGUAUGGGACCUGUAUGGAAAAGGGCAUCUUCUUGAAGCUGUAGACAAGAGGUUGACUACUGAAUUUGAUGAGCGGCAAUUGGAAUGCUUGAUGAUUGUAGGAUUAUGGUGCUGCCAUCCUGAUUUUGCACAUCGGCCAUCAAUAAGGCAAGUGAUAAGUGUCCUGAAUUUUGAAGCUCCAUUGCCUAGCCUUCCUGCAAAGUUGCCAGUGCCAAUAUACUAUGCACCUCCUAUGAAUCUGCGCGAGUUCUCCUCCACAUCUUCGGGCUUAACAACUUCUGAGAGCAGCUGCACUACGAAUUCCUCCCUCUUGCCAUCUAGGUCUACUAAACCUCAUUUGAAUGAAGAGGAGCCUAAUGUCUGAUCUUCUCUAGAUUAUAGGCUUCAAAACUUGUACCUGUGGUUAUUGUAAAUUUCCUUAUUAAUGUCUUAUUAACGUACCUGUGCCUAUUGUAAAUUUCCUUAUUAAUAUGGCUGAACAUAUAGAUUGUGGUGCAUGAAUGUCUUAAACUCAUUAUAUUCCAUUCACCUGCUGGUUGAUCAUUGAUGAAAACAUGCAAAACAAGACCAGCCGAAUCUACUGUAAGAAGAGGAUUCUGUACAUUCUUC